UUAGUAUCAAGUUAAAUCAAAAUCAGUUUACAAUUUAAAUCAGUUUAGUCUUCAGUAGUUUAGUAAGGUUUUAAAUGUUUUAAUUUUUAUUCAUUAGUUUAGUCGUUAUUCGUCGUGUAUCUAUAGUCUAGUCUUGUAAUUGUUGGUUAUUUCCGUGACCGUAAAUUUAAAUUUCAAAUUCCUGUAUUCCAGGGGGAGGUGACGUCUUGUAUAUCAUAAUAAUGUACCUAUCUAAAUACCUGAAUUCAAUCAUGUUUGUGAUUGUGAUGUUCUGUGUGUAGUGUAUAGAAAAAAUGAAGUUAAAUCUAGAGUAUUGGGUAUCAGAACUACCCAAAUCACUUACUUGUAUUCCUAUUACAGAAUUAGCAAUUCCAGGAUCUCAUGAUUCAUUUUCGUAUACCAUCACACCGCAUAGCAAAUUAGGGCCAGAUGCAUCAAGACUUGUAAAAUAUUUAAACCGCUUAUUAGGACCUGCUAUGCGACGAUUCGUUUACAAAUGGUCUAUUACUCAGACAUGUAAUAUUCAAACUCAACUACAUCUUGGAAUAAGGUAUUUUGAUUUAAGAAUGGCCACUAAACCAAAUGAUAACAAUUUUUACACUGUCCAUGCACUUUAUGGUGAUCCAGUUAUGAAGGAAUUGGUGAAUAUUAAGGAGUUUUUGGUGACACAUACUAAAGAAAUUCUUGUAUUGGAUUUUCAACAUUUUUAUAAUUUCUCAGAAGCUGAUCAUAAUCAAUUAUCCUCAGUUUUGAAAUUAUUAUUUCAUAAUAUGAUUUGUCCUUAUUAUUAUCCGAUUGAAAAGCUUAACUUGGAUACAAUGAGAGCAAAUAAUUGGCAGGUGAUAAUUAUUUAUAGACAUUCUCAAGAUGACAUAUUUUGGCCAUCCUCAUAUUGGCCAACGCCAUGGCCACAAACCACAUCUUAUAAAAAAUUAAUCGAAUUUUUAGAAUGUGGUCUCAAAAAAAGAAAAAAAAAUGCAGGAUAUGUAACUCAGUGUCUAUUUACUCCAGAUGUAAAGUUUAUAAUGAGAAAUUUUUAUCUAAAUCUUCAAAUUUGUUGUCGUCCAUUAAAUAUUGAAAUACCAAAAUGGAUAAAUAAUCAAAAAUCCGGUUAUGAGCAUGGUGUAAAUGUUAUAAUUGCUGACUUCAUUAACAGCAAUGGAUUUAAUUUUUGUGAUAUUGUUGUUCAUCUGAAUUAUAAAUGUUUGAAAACUUUAUAAUAUACACAUGGUUUUGUAUAAAAAUACAUUUAAAUGACUAGUAGGUUAUUACCAGCAAUAGUCCAAGAAGUAUUGGAUAAUUUAAGAAAAGAUUAUGAACAACGAUCUUGUAUUGAAGAAUUAUUAUUAAGCUUGAACUCAGUUUUUGGUUCAACACUGACGGAAC